AUGCCGAUCUUAUUUUUAUUCCAAGAAUUUUAAUUUUAUAUUCUGUUCGUAACGUGAAGUAAAAGCAUGGAAUUUAGAUCGGUUCGGUUUUUAUUCUUGAAUACUUUUUUUACUUCUAUAGUUAUGUUUGGUGGGUUUUUGAGGAUGAAAGUUGCAAGUUCUUUUGUUGAUUGUUAUUGGAUUUUAAUGAUGUGGACAAGCAUUCGAUUCCUUGUUGGAAGUACUUAGGUUUUUUUGGAUUGUGCAGAAAAAUCUAUUGCUUGAAUUAUGCUGCAUUAUGUUCGUAUGCACAUUAUUUGAAAAUAAACAGUCUUUCUUGAAGUGAUUGGUUGCAUAAUAGAAAUUUGGUAAAAUGCCAAGUGCAAUUUUUGCUCUGAGUGAAAAUUGGAAAAGUGCUAAGUUCAGUUUUGGCUCUUUGAGUGCAUGAAUACGGGCUGUUGAUGAUGAUUAAGUGUGCUCGAUCUUUUGUCGGGUUGCACUUAUGAAACUGUGAGCACGUUAGCGUACAUAUCUGCAGGGCAAUGUCUUUUUGCUGGAAAGUUUAUAUCUGAGAACUUCACUUGUAAAAGAACACACAAAGAUAUAGAAGAGUUUCUUUUCUUUUCUUCUUUCCUCUAUACACCCACUGAGCUUUAAAAGAUCAGUGAAAUCUUAAUUGCAUUGAGAAUCAUGGUAUAGAAUAUUCCUUUAAUCUCAUCAAUUAAAUUUUGGAGAGUACAUAUUUUUAAUCAUUUACAUAUGCCAUGUAGAGAGAAUUGCAUUUUGAAAUCACAGGAUUAUGACUGAGGCUCUUUAAAUUUUAGAUGAAAAUAGCUUUAUGAGAAUGUGUAUAUGCAUAUUUAAAAAUGAAUUGUGCACUGUUAUUAUGUUGCUGCUUCCUGAUUAAUUGACGUUUUAAGAUAUGUCGUUUCCUAGUAUCCAAAAGGCUGUAGAAUUUCAGGUGACAUUUAAGGUACAAUAAUGUAUAUGUUACAUAUAGUACACUGGUGAAGUGACUACUUUUAAUUUGAAUAUGUAUUUCCUCAGUUGUCUGUUCUACCGCUGGUGUCAUAUAUUUGUCACAAGAAAGUUUGCUAUCUAUGAUUGGGGUGAAAUAUUCGGAUAGAUUUGUAAGUUUUUAUGGAACAGAGGGUGAUUUGGGUUAACUUAAAGAUGGCAAAAUCCAACAAGCAACAGCAGAAAUCUGAUUCUCGAAAGCAUGGGGUUUCCUUUCGGUGUACAAGGCCUUGUGAAGAUGCCCACCAUGGUAAAAGAUGUUUAAAAGCAUUGGAGAAGAAAGACUGGGAAGAUGCGGUUUGCUCGGUGUGCAUGGAGUUUCCUCACAAUGCAGUACUAUUGCUUUGUUCCUCUUAUGACAAGGGUUGCCAUCCUUAUAUGUGCGCUACUAGUCAUCGGUAUUCCAAUUGUCUUGAACAGUAUCGAAAGGCCUACACUAGGGCUGCUCCAACCCAGAGUGCACAGUCAUGGCAGUGGUCAACAGACUAUCCAGAUUUAUCGGCAACAUCAGAUUGGCCUGAUAGAAAGGUGGAAACAUCUGAGCUCUUGUGCCCACUUUGCCGUGGGCAGGUGAAAGGUUGGACAGUGGUGGAAUCUGCUCGAAAGUUCCUUAAUGCAAAGAAGCGAAGUUGCAUGCAGAAUAAUUGCUCAUUCGUUGGAACCUAUAAAGAGCUUAGGAAGCAUGUGAAGUUGGAGCAUCCUCUGGCAUGCCCUCGAGAAAUGGAUCCUUCACACAUGGAAAAAUGGAAAAAACUUGAAAAUGAGCAAGAUAUAAGUGAUGUGUUUAGCACAAUUAGAUCUACCAUGCCGGGUGCUAUAGUAGUAGGGGAUUAUGUUAUAGAGAAUAACUAUCGUGGCUUUUCUCAGGGUUAUGAUGUUGAUGAUUAUUUCGACGAUGCACUUUUCAGGAUGGGUUCAUAUGGUGGACAUUGGAAUAGCCCUCAAUUCUCUUCUGAUUUUUUCCAGGAUGAUAAUGAUUCAUUGGAUGAGGAAGAUUUUGGCAUGCAGCAAGCGGGUGCAUCUGUUUCGUCUAGACGUAUUGGAAAUAAUGUCUCCCGGUUGGCGCAGCCCCGUGCAAGAUUGUUGGUUGGAAGGCGGCCUCACCGGCUUAGACUAGGCAGGUAACAGCAUUGGUGCGUUCAUGUCUCUGAUAAGUAGGUUUACAUUUGAUUUAAAAUAUCACCUACGUCAGAUGUUUGGGCUAUGCAUCAUCUUGUUGAACAGAUUAUUGAAGAUCCUUAAUUAUCUUUUGUCUCUGAUAAGAAGGUUUACAUUUGAGUUACAAUAUCCCCAACAUCAGAGGUUUGUACUAUGCCUCGUCUUGUUGAACAGAUUAUUCAAGAUUCUUAAUUAUCUUUUUUUUCUAGGUGCCAAAUCUAGGAUGAGUAGUUUAUUGGCUGCUCAUCCAUGAUUGGAUUUGGAUGAAUAGGCUCUUAUCGUUAUCUAGUUGUACCUGUACUAAUUUCUAGGCUACGACAACAUUUUAAUUUUGUUA